AUGAAUUUCCCGCUACCUCACAUCGAAGAAACCGCGAAAAGGGUCAGAGUGUGCUACUCUGGAAUCUUCAUUAUUGACACAAAAGAGGCGAAACUCGUUUGGCAAAAACCUGCCUAUCCAACCUAUUUCUUCGAUUCCAAGGACCUUCCAAAAGAACAUUUGGAAUGCGAGUUUAAAGGAGACGGAAGCGUUACCUAUAACCUCACCUUGGGAGAGCCCGAGAAAGGGAAAAACGCCUUGACAGAAUUCACAUCUGGGGAUCUCAGGGGCCUGUUCACCAUCAACAGGUUCUCCCAAAUGGACGCCUGGUUUGAAGAAGAGGAACAGAUCUUCGUCCAUCCCAAGGACCCAUACAAACGCGUCGACAUACUCCAGUCCUCUCGUCAUGUUAGGGUGGAGGUCAACGGAGUGGAGCUAGCGAACACACGCAACCCGAGACUCCUCUUCGAAACACUUCUGCCUGUCAGGACCUAUAUCCCCAAGGUCGAUUGCAACAUGAAACUGUGGAAAGUAUCGGACCUCAAGACAGGCUGCCCCUACAAGGGAGAGGCGAGUUACUACGACGUCAUUCUCCCUAACGGAGAGCACCUCAAGGAUUUGGUGUGGUGGUACCCAAACACUACCCUGGAAAGCUCUCCGAUCCGCGGCUAUGUCUGUUUCUUCGACGAAAAAGUCGACGUAUGGGUUGACGGAGUGAAGCAACCCCGACCCACCAACACGACAUGGGCUUAA